CCCGGGACCGCUCAGCUUUGCAGGCAGCGUCGUCAGGCGGUCCCCGCCGGAUGCUGGGCUCGCUCUGCGGCGGGGCUGCGAGGCCGAGGCCUGGCGCCGCCUGCUCAGCUCGGGUCGCGGCGGCGGCGGGCGCUGCAGGGGGCGGGGCCGGAUGCCGGGGAGGCCCGGGAGCCUCCUGACCCGCCGGGCGGGCGAUCGGACGGCUCCGGCCGCGGCGACAGGCACCUGGCCGCCGCGUGACUACCCGAAGGCACGCAGUACUUAAUCACAGUUAGCUUGUGCUCCAGGCUGGCGGUGUUCAUGUCUCCCCGAGCCGGGUAACCCAGGGGAUUUCUUUUAUGGUGGCUUGCUUUGAAAUGCCAAAGGCACCCGAUUACUCAGAACCGAGUGACUCUUUAACGCUUGCCGCGGGAACAGGAAGAUUUUCGGGACCACUGCACAGAGCAUGGAGAAUGAUGAACUUCCGUCAGCGGAUGGGAUGGAUUGGAGUGGGAUUGUAUCUAUUAGCAAGUGCAGCAGCAUUCUACUAUGUUUUUGAAAUCAAUGAGACUUACAAUAGGCUGGCUUUGGAACACAUCCAGCAGCACCCGGAGGAGCCUGGUGAAGGAAUCACAUGGACACACUCCUUGAAAGUUCGGUUACUCUCUUUACCUUUUUGGUUGUGGACGAUCAUUUUUCUGGUACCUUAUUUACAGAUGUUUUUGUUUCUUUACUCUUGUACAAGAGCUGACCCCAAAACAGUGGGCUACUGUAUCAUUCCCAUCUGCUUGGCAGUUAUUUGCAAUCGCCACCAUGCAUUUCUCAAGGCUUCUAAUCAGAUCAGCAGACUACAAUUGAUUGACACAUAAAUCAGUCACCGUUUUUCCUUAUGAUUACAAAACUGCCAGAACAGUUUGGAUUGUGAUCACACGACUGCAUUUUCUUCACAGAUCUCAGGAAGUUGUGGGGCUGAGGCUUUUUAAAAACUGUGGCUAGGGACCUAUAUCUAAAUAAUGACUUUUUAGGGAAAGCCUGAGAUAUAGUACUACAGAAUCAUGUUGAUGAUUUCAGAUUUUGGAAGUAAAAUUGUGUCUUGUUACUUUCAUUGUUUAGAAACUUGAGUAUUUCUACUGUACUGUACAACAUAAUGAUAAUUUAGUUUUUCCUUUGGGGGAAAAAUGAACGAACAUUUCCAUCAUGUUAAGUGUAAAAAGGUCCGUAACAGAUGGUUAUAAAGUUUAAAUUUUAUAUAAUUACUUGACUUCCUGUCAUAGCUAAAUUGAAUGUUUGCUUUCAGCUUCUAUGGAAUUGGUAUAAAUUAUUGAGGUGACUGCUGUGGGUUUUUUCACUGGUGCUGGGGAUUGAACCCAGGGCCCUGCGUAUGACAAGUACACACUCUACCACUGAGCCAUAUCCCCAGCCAUGAUGGCUGUCUGAUAAGAAUCUGUUCUUUUUCUGGGUAAUGGCUAGAUUAAUCAUUACUAGUGUUACUGGUUUUAAAAAGCUGUAGGAAGAGACUAAAGGCCAGUCUAGAAAUAGCUUACGCACAGGAGAUGGGAAUGGGGUGGUCCGUGUAAGUAUCACAGGUGAUGUCCUCCUUCAGAACAUAUAGUUAUACUGCUGUUGUCCUGAGAUGGCAAUUAUUACCCUGAUUUUAUAGAUCAAAUUGAGGCAGAAAAAUUAAGUAACCUGUUAAAGGUCACACAGCUACUACACAGCAGAAUAUCAGGGUUACAACAGGCAUGCUGACGCUUGUGUUCCUUACCUGUGCUAUACUUUGCUUUUCACAGAUGCUGAAUGUUUAAGCACUGUCUCCCUAGUCAUGCCAAAGAAUGGAAAUGGCAAUCUGAGAAAAGUUUCUGUUUGAGCUACUAAAAGCCUGAGAAUUA